AUGGAUUGCUCAGCGAAGAGGGAGGUGGAAGAGGGCAUGGAAGAGGGAGGGCAUGAAUCGGAAAGGAUGCAUGAAUCGGAAGGGCUGGUGCAUGAAUCGGAAUCAGAACCUAACUUAGCCGAAAAUUCCUCUGGUUUCAACAUAUCGGCUGUUUAUAAAGAUGAGACAGAAGCAUAUGAAUGUUUUUGCACUUAUGCUCACGAUAAUGGCUUUAGUGUUCGAAAGGAUCAUCACAGUUUUUGGCCAAAUUCGAAGGACUUUUUUUGUUCAAAAGCUAGUUUCAAGAAAAGUGAUUAUCAUAAUUCAGGAAAGAGAAAGAGAUUCACUAGACCAGUUGUCAGAACUGGUUGUCCAGCCAUGGUGAGGUUUAUCACAGAUGAAGAUGGUUACUGGCAUGUCAAAAGAUUUAUUGAAUCCCACAACCAUGAAUUAGCUAGCCCAGCCGACCGACACCUUUUAAGAUCAUGUAGGAAUAUCAUUGAGAAAAAAGCUUCCGUCCUAAAAUCGAUGACAGAUGCAGGGAUUAGAACCGUUGAUGCAUAUGCCUACCUUGCAGAGGAAGUUGGUGGAUGUGAGAAUGUCGGAUUCUCUAAGAGGGAUGCCUACAAUUUUAUUCAGAAGGAGAAAAGAGCAAGGAUUGAAAUUGGUGACACUAUUAUUUGA